AUGAUGUAUCUUCUCACACCUAAUGGUUUAGAUAAAAUAUAUUUAUUUCCUAAAGGGCCUACCAAUCGAGCGAGCCAGGAGGUGAUUCUUAAUCGAUCAGCCGAACUGAGCAAGGAGCGUCAAAGAACAGUGAAUGAAGCCAUCGCCGUCUACGACCUCCUCGCCAUCGCCCUUGUCCGCAAGGGCUGCUUUGCCUUUCUCUCCAAGACUCUGGAGCGGGCGUUAAAAUUCGCCUACUGUGAAUUCCAAAUUUGGUACCAAUUCGCUUUGUCGCUGAUAAGUUCUCGUAAGUACUACCGCGCUUACUUGAUACUUAGAGAGUGCCAGCGAAUCGAUCCGAGCAAACCGUCCGUCUACCUUCUAGCUAGCUCGCUCUGCUUAGGUCACCUUCACCUCAUUGAGGAGGGCAUGGUUUUCGCCUCAAAGGGCAUCGAGGUAACUGUGUCAUUCCCUUGUUUCCUUUGUUUGAGUUUUUCCACGUAUAACUUAGCUCGCAGUAACAUACUCCUUAGGUAG